UAAGGUUAGGCUUACUCUGGGAUAGAAGAUAUUAAAAUUAUGUUUGUUUUCUUAUAUGUGAGAGUUUCCUGUUACAGUGAAUUGAUAGAGGGGUAGAGAUAUGGUUGAAACUUUGUCAAUAAGUAGACGGCGAAAGUUGGUUUUUUAAUAACUUUAGAAAAUUCUUAACAUUACGGACAAAGUAACAACACCAGAAGCUGAUCGUGUACUUCUAGUCAUCAUAUAGUGUCCUGAUGCUAUGAUGAAACGGAAGAAAAGCCCCCUUCUCCUUCGUAAGGGUGGCUCGUCUAGUGACAGCAGUGGUACACCAAAGCAGUCCACUCCUCCAACGUCCACAUCUUCUCUUGUCUCAGGGGCUUCACAACAGUAUCUUACGCCUAGUAGUGUAACUUUAACAAGCACACCAUUAUCUCACACAAGUUCCGUGGCAGGAAGUUUGCGGGGAAACUCUCAGUUUUAUACUAGUUUAGGGGAUGACAGUACAGUUACUGAUGAUGUAUCUGACAUCCAGGAUUCAGCAAAUACAAUUAAUGUCACCUAUGGACCACCAGUUCCAAAUGGUAGUAUGGAUACUCAGUCUACUCCAACAGUUCAGGGAGGUAGCACUGGUAGUGCUGAUGAACCAGAUGGAAACUCUUCUAAUAAUCCUCUUGAUGCUCUCCGCACAAAGCAAGCAAUCGAGAACCUUCAUAAAAAGGUUGCUCGAACAAAAGAUUUAAUAAAGCUAGAGCAAACUGCUCGAGAUGAAAAUGUUAAUGAAUACCUGAAACUUGCAGCUAGUGCUGAUAAGCAGCAGCUUCAACGGAUAAAAAACGUUUUUGAAAAAAAGAACCAGAAAUCUGCACAGACAGUAGCUCACCUACAAAAAAAAUUGGAAAACUAUGUAAAGAGAGGUAGAGAUCUAGAAACCCAUGGUCUACCUGCUAGUCACUGGCAGGCAAAAGGCAUGCUACGUGAUAUGGGACAAGGAAUAAGUGGUGUUGUUGGAAAUAUUAAAGGAGGAUUAUCAGGGCUUUCAGCAGUGACUCAUACUGCUGCAGAAACUGUGAUGUCAAAACCUCGUGAAUUUGCUCACCUGAUAAAAAAUCGUUUUGGUAGUGCAGACAACAUCAACACUUUAGGAAAGAUAUCUGAUGAAAGAGUAGGAGAAGGAGAGAAACACCUUCACGGGAGUGAAACAUUUACCCCUAGCACAAAGUAUGCAUCAGAAGAUGAAAGUUCUAGCAUUACAUCUGGAUCAGCAGGACAACUUUUAAGUAGUGGAUUUGGUACUACUCCCCAACAUCUUCAUAGCAGUGAGGUCCCAUUUUCUCCUCCUAAUGUUGUUGAUGUGGAACCCAUGCUUCAGGAGUUGCAAGCACGGCGUGAAGAAUGUCAGCAUCUUGCAGAUGAAAUUGAAACUUUAAAGGUUCAACUUCAACAAGAAUGCUCUUUCUUUACCCAAGCUCUCUUGGAGGAACGUUAUCGGUACGAGCGUCUGGAAGAACAAAUGAAUGAUCUUAUUGAACUGCACCAGAAUGAGAUUGAGAACUUAAAACAGGGUAUCAGUGACAUGGAAGAAAAAGUUCAGUAUCAGAGUGAGGAGCGUUUGCGUGAUGUCCAUGAAGUACUGGAAAGCUGUCAGACAAGAAUUUCCAGGAUGGAGCACCAGCAACACCAACAUUUUCAACAACUGGUAAAUCUUGAUUCAUUGGAGAAUUCCAAUGCUCGAGCCAUGGUGCUAAAGCUAAUCAAUGUUCUUUUAACUGUGCUUCAAGUUGUACUGCUGCUUGUGGCAACAUUAGGUAACAUCCUUAUGCCUUUUCUUAAGACUAGAUUUCGUAUACUCACAACCAUCCUUCUUAUUGUUGUGGUUGCUAUGAUGGUACGAGGAUGGAGAGAUGUAAUAAACUGGGUACAACAACAUUUCAUAACCUAGCCACCAGAGUUUUGAAUUAGUAAAGUAAGAUGCAAUUUCCUUAACAAUGGAAACAAGGCCUAUUAUUUGUAACAAUAGCUUUGGUAAAGAUCUGUCCAAAACCUUCCAGUUGCUUCCAUUGCUAUGAUUAAGAACCAAGAGAGGACAAUAUAGAAAUAAGUUUGUUCAUGAGAGAGUACAUCAUGUUAUCUCAUUGGAACUUACUGAUCAUCAUAAAUGAAGCCUUUCAAAACAUUAUUUAUUUAAGUUAAACUGAUAGGUGUGUAAGAACUGUACUGUUGCUGUUUGUUUGAAAAUACAGCAAGAAUGACUUCUGAAAAGGUGAAAACAAAACACAACAUUAGAAAACUUGAGUCCAUAUAUCAUGAGUUAAUCUAUUUUUAAGUUUGAUAAGGUGAUGUUUUUUUUUUAUUUGCAUCAUACACAUGAUAAACUUUUCUGCACAGUACUGUGAAGCUAUAAUGGAUGCAGAAACAAGGUUACUUGAAUUGUAUUGACUUAUAUUUCAUUAAAAUUACUAGUUAAUGUAAUAUGAGCAAGAGAAAUUAAUAACACUGUUUUACUUGCUGCUUUCUUUGGUAAAAUUUAUUAAAAUACUGCAGAUACACAUGCUGUAUCAAUCUCUCCAUCUGUGUUUCUUUCUUGUUACCUUGUAAACUGUUUUUUAAAAAUAUAUACUAGUACUUCACAUCUAGUUGAGAUAGGAUUCUUUGCAGACUUUAGAAAAUUAUUAAAACACUGAAGGUGACUUAUUUACGAUAAUUUUUAGUUGUUUUAUCAAAAAUUAAGUGUGUGUGUAUAUGUGUAUGUAUAAGGUUUUGGUAAUUUAUAAUUACAUGAUUUACGUGCCUAGACAUUCUAGCCUUAUGUUAAUAUAAUUUGCUACUUAAGAACCAUUAAAAUUUUCUUAACUUUUGUCUAGUUAAUAGAUAUUAAGAUAUGUAUUUGUAAUGAGUUAAAUGAAUUGAUCAAAACCUGAAACCAAAUGAUUUAAAAGUAACUGUAAGGUUUAUCCACAAGUGUAUUUUAUUUAAUAUAUGCCCCAGGCUUUUAAAGGUGCAGUUUCCAGUAAUGGUAUUUUUUCUUGUCUUCUGUGAAUAAAACUUUUGCAUAUCCUAAUAUGGGUAUGAAGAGCAUGCUGUUAGUUGGUGGUAUAACCCAAGAGGAACAUGGAUCUUUUAAAAAAAAGAAGAUGAUGAAAAACAGAGAUAAUUUUCAAGGUCAUUGAAGUAUAACAAAAAAGUGACAAAGAUCAGUUAGUUUUGUAGUUUGGUAUUAGGUAGUUUUCUAGGAAUAAAUGACUGUAACACCAAAUUUAGUUCUUGUUUUAUUUAUAAUUGGAUACUCAACAUUUCCCUAUACAGCUCCUGCAGGAGCAUUCCCCUGAAAUACAAACUGUAACUAACAGUACGUAGCUUCAGUUGAUUUAUGUAAGAAAUUCUAAUCUGUUCUAUAGUAUGCAUUUCUAGAGUGUGCAUUUGACAUUAUAUGUAGUAAAUCUUAUUCUUAAAAGUUAAUACUGAUAGAAAAUUUAACUGACUGUGCAAGGGGUCAGUCCAGUGGACUGAUUCUAUAAUGAUGUAGUGUUGAAUAGAAUUUCAAAUUGAGUAUGUUUUAUCUUCAUGAAAUCUGGUAAGCCUUUAGUGAACAGCACAUGUCUGUUAUACACAAAACUUUGGUUGUGUUAAUAAAGGAUUUGAACUAAAGAUAUGCCUGAAUUGAUAAUGUCAGUUGACUCAGACUCUGAGAAGUUAUAUUGCAAAGCAGUGUUUUUGUGUGAAUAAUGAAAAUACUUUUUUCAUUGUAUAGCUUGCAUAUUGUAAUUGCAUAACCCUUAGAACCUCUUAAAUGCAUAUCUAAUACUUUUAGGGUUAAAGAAGCUUUUUUUGCUCAAAAACUGUGAUUCAGAUGAACAGGGACUGUUUUUAUUUUCAAUAGAAAUUUUUGAUUACUAAAUAGAAUAAUUUACAUUUUCAUCAAUAUAGAGUUUUAACAAUAAGCCUUACCAUCUAUAAUAUCAAAUGCAUGCUGUAGAAACGCACACUAUAGGAUCGGUUAAAUUUCCUUAUAUAAACCAAUUACAGUUUGUGUUUUAAUUGAAGAAGCUGCCAAGUAAAACUUUGAGUUUUCAAUUUUAAAAAAACUAAAUUUAGUGCUAUAAAGUUGUUUAUUUUUAUAAUUAAUGCCCUUUAUACUCCAAUAUGCACUGAGGAAAUAAAACCAAUAGUUUUUCUAGUUUGAGAUCUGAUAGCUUUCUAUUUUAUUUUACAGAAUAUUUAAAAAACAAUUUAAUUAUGGGAUUAAGUAAACUCAGUAGGAAUUUUUGGAAAUAAUAUAAAAAGCAUUUUUGAAGUUUUUUAGCUUGUCCUAAUUCUUUGGCUUGGUAUGUGUUGAUGGUUAAGGUGCUUGACCUUGCAGGUUUAUUUAACCUGUAUGACUUGGGUAAGUUGCCAUAGAAUAGACAAUAUUGGUGCAUACAGAGUUUUGCUCUAGACUUUAGAAUUCAAAGUGGAAUUGAAUGUAGCAUUUAAUAAAGAGUAUGGUUGGAUAAUGCAUUUGUUGCUGUGAUUGCCAUGGAAUGAAUGAGGUUAUUGCAAAAAGAUCAAGUUGUCAACUUAUUAUUGAGGUAGCAUCCAGAGUUCUGUCUGUUGAUACAAUUUGUCUAGAAGACAGUGUUGGGAAGAAUUUUUAUAACUGAUGAACAUAGAUAUUUCAUUAGAACAUUGUUUCUUUGAAAGCUAUUAAUUUUUUGUUGGCCAGAAGGUAACUGACAUUUUGGGGAUUUUUAUCUAAACUGCAUAUUUUUAUCAUCUAAGUUAGCUACUACUAGAAAUUCAAGUAAUUCAGUAAUGAAAAAGUUUGAGAGAUGAACUUUUGAUAACUGUUUUCAUUAAACAGUUAACAAAAGAGAUAAAACUAUAUAACUUAAACAGAUAAUGGCAAUAUAAACUAUGGUUUUGAAAAAGUUUGAGAGAUGAACUUUUGAUAACUGUUUUCAUUAAACAGUUAACAAAGGAGAUAAAACUAUGUAUCUUAAACAUAAGAUAAACUACAGUUUUGAAAAAGUUAGCUUCUGUGUUCUGAUUUUAACGGAAAGGUUUGAAAGUUUAACAGUAACAGAAAGGCACACAAAUAAUAGAUAAAAUAAAAUAAUAAAGCAUGAGUUUGUUUAAAUCUUGCAUAAUGUUCUAAUUUAGAUAAGUACCAAAGUUGUAUGUGAUAUUGUGAUAUUAUAAUGUUAAGUAUAAGCAUGUUUUUAUGUAUAUGUUGGUAGUAAAUAGCAGGGAAACAUUUUUUUAGUUGUCUGUGAUUUAAUUACACAGGCCUGCGAAUUUGAACUUCUUAAAAGUUAUUUUGGUUUUAAUAACGUAUUUUCCAUAAUUCAGCUACACAGAUUUCCAAAUAAUAUUCCCUUUUUUUCUGUCACUUGAGGAUUUUUACAAACCAGGAAGAAAAAUAAACUAUUACUUAGAUCCAAUUAUUAUUUUGUUUACCACAAUGAACAUUUUUUAUUGUUAUGUUUGAGUUCUAGAACUAUAGAUAAGACUCUCACAUUGUGAUUGGUCUAGAGAAAUCUAUAGCCAGUGGUUGUCAACAUUUUAAGCAUAACAAAGUAUCACCCAAUUCCAACAAAAAUGAUUCACUUAUGUAAAAGAACAUGUGAUGUUUUGUGAAAAAUCUGUGGAUGAUGGAGAAAAAUGGAUAUCAUUUUUAGAUUUGGUGUACAGGAAUAACUGGAGAACAUGUAAAAAUUUCAAGACAAUAAAACCUUCGCAGGCUUUUGUUAUCAUUGUAAACUUGUAACAUUUUAUCUUGUAUGCAAUUUUUGGUAAAGGAUCUCAGUUCAAUGAGAUAGUUUUGUAAUUGCUUUCAGAUAAUGGUUUUACUUAUUUAAGGUUGUUGCAGAUUACUGUAUUCUUUCAUUUUUAGAUAUAUUUACAUACCCAUUAGUUUGUAAUACACAUACCUUGGCUAUCUACAGUUACUUUUUUUGUAAUUAGGAUGCUCCGUUUUUACAGUUGAUUACUAAGGAUCUUAAUUUUCUCUAUUGGUUGAUAGUAAAUAAGCAUGUAAAUCUCGUACUAGUUUCCCAUAACAUAUCACAUUUUUUUUAUACAAAUGAAAGAGAGGAUAUUUAACAUAUACACAGUGUGAUCACAAGUAAAUAGACACCACCUUUUCAGAAAAAAUUAAAUUUUUCAGUCAUAUUCAUGAAUUGAUAUAUUUAUAAUUUUAAUUAAUAUCUAGUGGAU